AUGGGACCCCAGACCCGGCCGGGGGGUGGGGAGCCCCUGGGGGUGGAAGAGGAGGAGGCCCUGCGGGCGCCGCCCCGGGGCCCGAGAUACACAACCGGGCGCCUUACGUCCCCCCGCAAAGAGUGCAGCGGCCUCUGCGGGUCCCCCUGCCACCACUGCGUGGCCCCCCCCCCUUGCACGCAGCCCCCCUGCACGCAGCCCCCCUGCACGCAGCCCCCGUGCACGCUGUCCCCCCCUGCACGCCGCCCCCUGCACGCCGCCCCCCCCUGCACGCCGCCCCCCCUGCACGCCGCCCCCCCUGCACGCCGCCCCCCCUGCACGCCGCCCCCCCUGCACGCCGCCCCCCUGCACGCCGCCGCCCCUGCACGCGCCCCCCUGCACGCCGCCCCCUGCACGCCGCCCCCCCUGCACGCCGCCCCCCCCUGCACGCCGUCCCCCUGCACGCCACCGCCCCCCUGCACGCGCCCCCGCGCCCCUCAGCCCUGCGCCGCCGCCCGCCCCGGCGGACCCCGCCUGCUGCACGCGGCGCACGGAGCUCCGAGGACGGAGCGCCCAGGCCUCGCCUCGCGGGCCCGGAGCGCUGGGGCUCGGGGCUCCUGCUGGGCCUGCGGGGCCCGGAGCCCCAGUGCCCCCCGACGGCCGCUCCCUCCCGCAGGCCGCGCGAUGGUGGCCCCUCAGCCUCCCGAGCAGUUCACCAAGAUCAAAGCGGUGGAGCUGACGCCAGCGGCUGGGCCGGAGCCGCAGGCCGAGGACAGCGGCCUGUGCAGAGCGAAGGAACCCCCCGGUGGCGGAGCACGGCCCCCUGAGGGCUCCUACCUCGCCCUCCAGGCCAGGGCCCUGGACGGGCCGCAGGAGCUGGUGCUGACCACCCAGGCCUCGGGUCAGGCCUCGCUGACCCUGCAGCCCGUGCCCCCCGCCCCUGGGGAGGCCAGGCUGGAGGAGCUGGGCUGGCUGGCCCCGCAGCCCCCCGGGGAGGUGCAGGUGAUGGUGCCACAGGCCAUGGGGCUGCCCAUGCUGCUGUGGCUGGACGAGGGCCUGCAGCAGGGCCUGCUCCCGUGCGUCACCGUCAGCAUCCCGGAGGCGCUGUGCUCCCUGCGGCCCGUGCAGCUGGCGCAGCUGCAGGUUCUGGGGGAGAGCGUGGCUGUGGCUGCGCCUCAGGGCACCCUGGACGUGCCCGUGUCCGACAGCACCGGGUUGAUUAAGCUUGAGAAGGACCAGGAGGAGGCCGCCCCGCUGGCUGCGGGGGCGCCGGCCGGGACCGUGGAGGAGCAGCUGUUCCUCGUGGAAGUGAGGCCGGGAGAUGAGGGAAGAGACGAAAUUGUCCUGACGAUCUCAAACUUCAACGUGGAGCAACAGGAGGACGCGCCCGCGGCCAGCCAGCCGCCCGAUGAAAAAUCCAGCGGGAGAAAAAACCCGAGAAAGGCAGCGGGAGGAAAGCAGCCCUUCCGGUGCGACGUCUGCAGCUUCGCCUCUUCUAGAGUUUCCAGCCUCAAUCGUCACGUGAAAACCCACACCAGCGAGAAGCCUCACCUGUGCCACCUGUGCCUGAAGGCCUUCCGCACCAUGACCCUCCUGCGGAACCACGUCAACACCCACACAGGGACCCGGCCGUACAGGUGCGGCGACUGCAGCAUGGCCUUCGUCACCAGCGGGGAGCUCGUGCGGCACCGGCGCUACAAGCACACCCACGAGAAGCCCUUCAAGUGCACCUUGUGCAAGUACGCCAGCGUGGAGGCCAGCAAGCUCAAGCGCCACAUCCGCUCCCACACGGGCGAGCGCCCCUUCCAGUGCAGCCUGUGCAGCUAUGCCAGCAAGGACACCUACAAGCUGAAGCGCCACAUGAGGACACACUCAGGCGAGAAGCCCUACGAGUGCCAGGUCUGCCAUGCACGCUUCACCCAGAGUGGCACCAUGAAGAUCCACGUCCUGCAGAAGCACAGCGAGAAUGUGCCCAAGUACCAGUGCCCGCACUGCGCCACCAUCAUCGCCAGGAAGAGCGACCUGCGCGUCCACCUGCGCAACCUGCACACCUACAGCACCGCGGGCAUGAAGUGCCGCUACUGCGCCGCCGUCUUCCACGAGCGCUACCCGCUCCUCCAGCACCAGAAGACGCACAAGAACGAGAAGCGGUUCAAGUGCGAGCACUGUAGCUACGCCUGCAAGCAGGAGCGCCACAUGACUAUCCACGUCCGCACCCACACCGGGGAGAAGCCCUUCGUCUGCCUGGCCUGCAACAAGUGUUUCCGGCAGAAGCAGCUUCUGAACGUGCACUUCAAGAAGUACCACGAUGCAGACUUCAUCCCGCCUGUUUAUGAAUGUCCCACGUGCGGCAAAGGCUUCUCCCGCUGGAACAACAUGCUGAGACACGCCAAGAAGUGUGGGCCGCGGCAGGAGAAGCCUGCUCCCUCGGGACGAGGACAGAGCGCGCGCAAGAGCAAGCCGGUCCCCCCGACAGGCGCCGCGGCGAAAUACGACGCUGCCGCUGCAGAGGCCCCCUCCAGAAAGGAAGAGCCGUACCCCGCUCUUUCGGCUCCCGUCUACUUUGGGGAACCCGCUGCCGCCGGAGACAAGGCCCCGGGAGACCUGAGCUGCGAGCUGCUGUUCCACGCGAUGGACAAGUGAGGGAAGGCGGCUCCCACGCGGUGGGCGGGCCUCAGGGCCAGUCAGCUGCUUCGGCCUCUACUUGAUAACGAUUCAGUUUGAGACCCACGAUGGUCGUGGUUUUGCAGCUUUGGGGAGGGUGCCUGGAGGGGUUCGCCUGUUUUGCAUAGAUGUUUUGAAAAACACUGCAGGUGUUUUAUUCAAGGGCCACGGCUUGCUUCGAGGGUGAUGCCCCAGACCCGUGAAUCCACUCCCUCGACACUGGCAAGUAGCCCGCAGUGAGCGAGCGGUGAUUCUGGGGUGGUAGUUACUCCUCCAGCAGUGUAGACAGGGUCUACACUUGAGUGCACACACUCAAGGCUGGAAAAUGUUAUUUUGAGUCAGACAUAUCCAGCAUAUUUCCCAUAUUAGGAUUUUAAACAUAAAAGACUAAUUUUAUGCUCUUUUCUAUUCAAAUGAAUUUUCCUAACAUUAAAGCUACCAUAGUGUUUUUAAUUAGUUCAAAAUUCAACAAAAGAGAUCUAAGGUUUAUAAAACUAUCUUAGUAGAAAAUUACGAUCUCUAGAUUAGACUGGAAAAUAGCAACUAACCUAUUUUACUUUGGUGCCAGAGUGGGGUUCACUUGCAGGUUUUGCGCUCUUUGACCCCACCCCCAUCCCACUGCAUCCCCUUCCUGCUGAUUGGUGUAGCAGUUCCCAGCCCUUUUAUUUCGGUAAAUCUCCUUUGUAUUUUUUCAAAUAAUCAACAGUGAGAGGAGAAACAAAAUUCUGAUGAGAAACCACUUGUGAAGAAUUUGUUCUUUUUCAUAACCCCCUGCAAUUAGUAAUUAUUCCUCUUUUGCCCAUUGAGGCGAUUUCUCCACCUUCAAGCUUGUGAAACACCUUUUUGGUCCUUAAAAUCCACCAGUAUCCGUUUUUACCACAAGUCAUAGUUUCCUUCUCUGAACUCAGCAACUGCUUUUGCUGUGAACUUUUCUCCCCAUAUUUUAAAACCACUGUCAGGUCUUUAGUUCAAAUUCUCUAUUCAGUUUUAUUGCGGCAUAAUUGACCAGUCACAGUGAUAAGAUAUUUAGGUGAACCUUGUGAUGAGUUGAUACGUGUUUAUUACUUUGUGAAGGAAUUCCCCUUGUCCAGUUAAAUGAAUUGAUUCUUAAGAUACUAAUCCAUUGUUUAAAAUAUUUCAACUCCAAAAGCCCCGUAGAAAGUGAUCACAUGGAUUAAUUUCCCACCAUCUUGAUUCCAGCAAUUAAUUGAAUUCACGUAAGAAGACUGACAUUCUGUGUCUGGCGGCUGCUACUGCUGUGACUGUUUCG